CUUUGAUGUAGUUGUUGUUGUGGGCCAUGUGUAGUUGUCUAGUUGACUGUAAGCCAGAUGGGUUUGCUUGUUACUUGCUAAGCUUGUCAACUCUUUGUACCAUGUGAGGUCUAUAGUAACAUCGAGACCACGGUCUGUAACAGGAAUGGAAUAGUUCAGGUGUAGUUCUCUGAAAUUUGAAAAUACCCUCUGCCAUAGACACGAAUUUCUUAUGUGAAGGCUUCAGCCCGAGCUUUAAAUCAUUUGAUGUGACCAGUCGUAGAGAACGUGAUCGUCACCGUUUAUCACAGCCUUUUUUUUUUGCUUGGCGAAACAAACUGAAGAACUGUGCCUUGCCUUUUGGAGGAAUCGGAGACCCUAUCAAUCAUAAAAGAUUUGGUCCAUGUGUUACCACAAGUAGAUAUAUAAUUUAGACUGUAGCAGAAAACCGUAUGAUCAUGCUGAGUGCCACAGGGAAAGAUACCAAGAACUGUGGAGUUAACGUAGAGAAUAGAAACUUGACUACUUCAGCCAUGAACUCGCCGCCAGUUACUCCUUCGAAAGCUUCAUCAUCGGGUACAUCACAGAAUAAAACUGGAUCAACAUCAAGCGUACUUCCAGUACCGCAUUCAUUGAUGAGUCCUGUGGCUGUACCGACUCCAACACUAGAACAGACAAUCACACCUACAUUGCAGAAUGUUGUUUCCACAGUGAAUUUGUGCUGCCAGCUAGAUCUCAUGCAGAUAAAUUUUCGGACUCGAAAUUCUGAAUAUAAUCCGCAACGCUUCACAGGAAUAGUUAUGCGGAUUCGUGAGCCUCAUACAACAGCUCUAAUUUUCCGCUCAGGAAAAAUGGUUGUAACCGGUGCUAGGAAUGAGGCUGAUUCACGUCUUGCAGCACGUAAAUUUGCAAGAAUAAUUGAAAAAUUAGGCUUUAAAGUUUCCUUCAAAGAUUUCAAGGUUCAGAAUAUUGUGGCCACAUGUGACUUGAAGUUCCCAAUUCGGGUUGAAAAUUUGAAUCAGAUGCACGGUCAGUUUAGCAGCUAUGAACCUGAGCUGUUUCCUGGACUUGUGUAUCGAAUGGUGAGACCACGUGUUGUACUGCUCAUAUUUGUGAAUGGGAAAGUUGUGUUGACUGGUGCUAAAAGUCGACAAGACCUUCAGGAUGCUAUGGAGAACAUUUAUCCUAUCCUCAGGAGUUUUAGAAAACAGUAGUUGUGGGUAAUAAUAUUUCAGAGUGAAAGACAGUGUUUGAACUCGCUGUGCAACUUUGGACCAGGAUGUUGCUCAAUGCCAAGUUUUGUUGCUGUCAUAAUGUGACAGUUCCAAAUGGGCACAAGAACAAACUCUCUGUAAAAUAUUAUAGCUCAGUAUUGAAAAGGAUAAGAUUUGAAUGCAUGUGUAAUGCAUUUUUAAUGCUGAUGUCUUUAAAAGACUUUAUUUAUACGUGACCUCAUGUUGAGGUCAUACAACAAAUUUAAAUUGCUACCUGUAAGAUAAAAUAUACGUAUUUUAUAUUGGUUAUUUAUGCUAUGGCUUCAUUGUGAUGAAGUAUAUUUACUACCUCAUAGGUUUUUCUGUUAACAAUUUGUACUUUGUUAACCUUAUAUUUUUAGAUCUUAUGGUAAUAAACAAGGUGUAGAUAAUAACUCUUAAAAAUGUACCACAGUUGUGAAGUGGAAGUAAAGACAAAUGACUUGAUGCAGGACAGUUGUAGUCUAUCAAAUUAGUCUACAAAAACCAUAGGGAUUGCACUCCAUGCGAAACUUCGGAAUAUCCUGUCGCCCUCUUAUGCCAUCGGCCUAGUCACACAUUUACAAAUUGUAAAAAUGAUGUUUAUGUAAAUUUUCCUUCACAGUUUUGCAAAUUUUAACAGUGUAAAAUUGACAGUUUGAUUUGUUUCUCUGUCUUUGUUACUACAAGACUAAAGUGCAUGUUAAGAUUAGACUGAAUUGUAAAUGUAAUUAAUUUUUGCAUCACAUGUUUAAGUCUUUUUCAUUUCAAUACCCAUUAACACACUGAUGUUAAUGAAAGCCAGUGGCAUAAAAGGGCGAGAGGAUAUUCAACAUCUCACACUUUGUGCAUGUGGUGUAGCAUUGGUGGCUUUUGUAGGUUAAUUUGAGGGUGUUUCAUCGCAUAAUAGACGACAAUAAUGUCUUACAUCAAAUUAUCCAUCACUGCUUCCCCUACACCUCUUAAGGUAUGUUGUAAACAUUCAUUGUUUAGAACCUGGAGUUUCUUGUUUUCCGUGUUGUCAAACAGUCCAUAUUGCCAGAGGUAGUUCCUCACACUACUAGAUUCAGCAUUUCUUUUUAUUCCUUGCACAUGAUAUGUUAAAUGACUGCCUAUUCCACUAAUUCUAUGAAAAUCAAAUUCUAGUCAGUUUCUAUCUCUCUUGUAGGAUGUAUAUUGGUUUCAUUCUGUCUCAUUUGUUAAUAAAUUGUCUUACUUAUUGUGUAGAUUGUGUAAAUAUUA